AUGUCCCACAAUACACAGAGUGGGUUUGAUUUGGGGGCUAUCAAAAAGAUAUUGGAGCAAGAUGCAAACAAGUACUUUAAGGGCGUUUGCAAUACAGAUGUGGACUGGUUUUUGAGAGAUAGCAAUAUUGGAGUAAGGUCUAGUGGCACUUCGUUGGAUAAGGAUAAAGAUGAAUCUGUAGACUCGACCUCAAAUUCAGCUGGUGUGGGUACUGGCAGUGUUUCGGCAACCGAUACUGAAAAGCCAUCAAACUCAAGCUCAACUACCAAUGUCAUUACGAAAAACGGAUCUUCAUCUGCUUCGCCUGCCAGGGCUGAGAAGCAAGCUGUUGCUUCUGCUGCAGUUGCUCCUUCUACCCCCAAGCGCACAGCGUCGUAUUCAUCAACUCAGAAACUUUCACCCACCCCUCUGCACUUGCAAACAACAAUUUCGAAUACAAACGAACAUACACUUGGCAAGACGAAGCCCUCAGUGGCUCCUAUACAGGAGGAGAUCAUGACAGAUUCGUUAAGUCGAACUGGCAGGACCCGUUCGGCUAGCAACCCGCCAAGUAGGAGAAGACAAAGCACAACGUCAUUACUUUCAAAUACUGGCGGAUCUUUGAGCAAUGGAGCUGGGGCCAGUGGAAGCGGAGGAUUUUUCUCUAAAUUGAAGGGGAAGUUCCAUAGAAUUGAAGAAAGCCCAACACCGAAGGAACACACGCCUUCCCUUUCCCCCCCUCCUCGCUCAGAAAAUAAACAGCCUUCCAUUUUCAAAGAAAACUAUCAACUUGGAACCAGACCAGCUAACGGUGCCACUGCUAUGCAUUCUGAAAAACCUGUACGUACCACAGCGUUCAAUCAGCCUGAAGGCUACCAUCUCACCAGAACAAUGUCUACUCCAAAUUACUCAGAUCUGAGUGAUCCUAGAUUAGAAGAGUACAUUAAUUUCUACAAGCAAAAAGAUGUGAGGAGGAAGUCUUCCAUCUCAAGAAGAUCCUCAGUAUCAUCUGCUGGAUCACAUGCACCAGGAAACAGGUACGAUAGAGACAGUUCAGUAGAUUCAGAAAAGAUUACAGGAGGCAUUCCGAUUCCAGCCCACCCAAAGAAUUCUCCAUUACCCAGUGCACUUGCUAAUGGAUAUGAAAAUGCAGGUCACAACAGGAAUAGCUCCCCAGGGGUUGGGACUAUGCAGUCGCUGCCCCCAAGUAAGAUUUCUUCGUUCCUCAAGAGAAGAACUAGUGUUCAAGCUCCAGGCUCUUCUAGCGAAGAACGGAGAAAUCUCUCAGUGUCAUCAGCAACAGAGAGUGAAGAUGAAGUGAAGUCCAUCCCCUUGCUCCCUGAGUUAGCGGGUCUUCGUCCUCUUAAAAGAGUUGCAUUUCACUCACUGACAUUCCUUAUUGAUCCUCCUCAACAAAUUCCAUCAAGAAAGCCCAGAAAGGGAAAUGUGGAGAUCUUGGCCAAUGGCCAACUUAAGAUUAACCCAUUAUCUGAAGAAGAGAAACUUGCAAUGGAAAAAGCUCAAAUGGGCCAAGGUGGCGGUAUAAUUGUUGGAGGAACUGGAAGUCUUGGAAUUAUUCAACCAGAAGAGACUGAGAUUGAAACUUCUGAACCUUCAACCACCAAGGAUGAAGGUCCAGAAAUUGGAGAAAAUGGAAAAGUAGAUGAAGAGACCCGAGUUGAUUCACAUGCUAAAAUGAUUGGUAUUGAUAAGCCAAUGGUUUCUCAUCAUCAUUCAAAAGCUGGCUACUCGGUACCAGUGCAGAAAAUGGCUCUUGAUAUGAUGUAUACUAGAUGUUGUCAUUUGAGAGAGAUCUUACCAAUUCCCGCAAUCUUAAAGCAAAUUCCUGCUGGAUCUAUGGCACCAAUACCUUUACUUCAGUUGCGUAAUCCGACACCCACUAUGGUUGAAAUCCAAACAUUUGCAGAUUUUGUUAGAAUUGCUCCAAUUGUGUGUAUUUCAUUAGAUGGUGUGAGCUUAUCCUUCUCACAAUUUAAAGUUAUAUUAUCUGCAAUGUCGGCCAAGAAACAGUUGGAAAAACUUUCUUUGAGAAAUACACCGAUUGAUCACGAAGGUUGGUCCUUAUUAUGCUGGUUUUUAAGCAGAAACACAGUCAUAAAUAAAUUGGAUAUUACUCAAUGCCCUUCGCUUUCUGUGAAUUUAUUGAAGAAGAAAAAACGGAAGCCAAAGGAAAAAGCAAACCCUCAUGAACAGGAAUUGGAUAGAAUGACGUGCAAUAAGGAAAAUAGGUCUGAUAUGGAUUGGGAAUUAUUUACGGCAACAUUAGUUGCAAGAGGAGGAAUUGAAGAAUUGAUUUUAACUGGUUGCUGUAUUACUGAUACCAGCACCUUUGAAAGCUUGAUUAAGCUAGCAGCACUGAUUAAAACAAGUAGAUUAGGGUUGGCUUACAACAAUUUGAGUGUGACUCAAGUUCAAGUUGUUGUAGAAUACUGGCUCUUCAAACCAUUUGCUAGAGGAAUUGAUUUUGGUUAUAAUGACUUUUCAUCUUCGAAGUACUUAAAUGCGAUAUUGAAAAUGAGAAGAGACCCAAAAUUUGAUGACUACAUUAAGAACAGUAAGUUGGGGUUUGUUAGUUUGAAUGCCACCAAUUUAAGGUUCAAUGAAACCUUUAAAGAGUAUUUUGAGACACUUUUAGUGAAGUUGCCCAAUUUGAAGUACUUAGACUUAUCAAAUAACCUGAGAUUGUUUGGCACUUACCAAGCGGAGAAUAAGGAAGGGGAAGUUAAACCUAAAGACGACCUGCUUUCAUUUACUUCCUCUGUUUCAACUGUCUCAUCGUCUGUUUCAGAAUUGCACUCAAAUGAAAUUCUAACUCAAGAUGCCAUUGUAUCUUAUUUUACUUCAAAAUUCCCAUUAUUUCCAAAAUUGAUUAGGUUGCACUUGGAAAACAAUAACUUUUCCGGUGAUUCAAUUAUAUCCAUUGCCAAAACUUUACCAUUCUGUAAAAAUCUUGGAUAUUUUUCAGUCCAUGGGAAUGAUAUGGAUUUGACUUCCGCCGCAUCUUUGUUAACAGCAUUAGAAAAUUCUAAAACUAUAAUUGCAUUAGAUUUUGAUAUUGAUAUUUUGCCAAGUAUUUUUAAAGAGAAAAUUGGGUUGUUUACAAUGAGAAACAUGGAGAGAUUACUCUUUGCUGCCAAGAGAAGUGGAAUGCCCGAGGAAGGAAGUAUUGCUGGUCCAGGAGAUACAUCAAGCACCUCAUCUUCAGUAUCAUCAUCAGAUUCAUCAAAGCAACCAUCUUACUCAUUAACAGAGCAAUUAAAUGUAAUUCUUUCCAAGAAGGCUAGCCACAAGCUAGAUAUCAAUGACCCCGAAGUUCAAUCUUUCAUUGAAAGGGCUGGGAAAAUCCGUCGUGAUCUUAAGACUUCGAUGAAUGAAUUGUUCAGAUUACAAUUGAAGAACGAGUUGAAUUUUGAAGGGAAGGAAAUGCUUAUUAGAUUUGUUUUUAUUGAAUCAUCUAUUGAGAGGGGUCUCCAAUUGAUAGAUCCUUCUUUGGUUGACUCCAAAGAAUCUUUUUCGUCUGACUACAUCCAGGACAACUCAGCGGAAGAUCAGCGAAGUAAUAUGAGAAGGGGUAUGCCCAAUGAUGACGAUGACGAAAAUAGGGGGGCAAAUCUUCAAAUAAAUCAGACUAACACCCCAAUUUCCAUGUCUAGAACUUCCUCCAAAUCAAAUUUAGCAAGUUUGGAUAAAAACGAAGGUAGUGUGUUGAAGCUUCGUAAAAUUCAUGACGACUUGAAUAUCAACGCAGUUGAAAAUAAAGGCAAUGAGGAAUUUUUUAAGCAACUUGAGGACUUAACAGGUGAAGAAAUUAGAGAAAAAUUGCUUGACGCUGAUUUAAAUAACUUGGAUAAAAUCAUUGGGUAUCUUGGAGAAUUGAAACAGAAAAAUAUCUCAUUGGAGGAAGUCUUCAACCAGAAGAAAAUGCAUGACAAGCAUGAGUCUGCACGGGAAACGAAUUUGGGAUCCAAACUUAACGAACUACAGAAAACCUUAAGUAAACUUGCAAAUCAAAGGGAUCAAGAAGAAGAUACCGGAAAGGAAAAUACUACACAAGAUACACCAUCGCAGCCUGCAUCUACUACUAAUGAGGCAAAUGGAGACGCCAAACCAGAAGAUGCCGCUCCAGUCGAUGACCCAGAGAAUCUUAUGGAUGCAUACGAUCAUGUCUUGAACGAUUUGGAGCGUAGAAUUAACAAUUAG